GCCCCGGGCGCGAUCCAACCCAGGUAGCCGCGCCGCAGGCUCGGGGCGCAGCGACCCCGUGCCCCGCCGUGUCGUGGGCCCCGCGGGGACAGCGGCUGGCGGGCGCUCCCUGCUGCUACUGCUGCUGCUCAACAAGGAGGAGUGAUUACUGUUCUGAAGUGAGCAUUGGAGGAGGAUCCAUUAGGCUAUCAGAAUGGAAAUGAGGAAAGGAAAUCAGCUGACGCAGGAGCCGGAGUGAGACCGACGUGCCCACAAACCCAGCCUGCACCAUGAACUUGUGUCUCCCUUCUGCGCUUUAAGAGCCAAGGGCAGGUGAAGUUGCUGGAGAGCAAUGGCUUUCUUUACUCCCUGGAAGUUGUCCUCUCAGAAGCUGGGCUUUUUCCUUGUGACUUUUGGCUUUAUCUGGGGUAUGAUGCUCCUGCAUUUUACCAUCCAGCAGCGAACUCAGCCUGAGAGCAGCUCCAUGCUGCGUGAGCAGAUCUUGGACCUCAGCAAGAGGUACAUCAAGGCGCUGGCAGAAGAAAACCGGAAUGUGGUGGAUGGGCCAUACGCCGGUGUCAUGACAGCUUACGAUCUGAAGAAAACACUUGCUGUGCUUUUGGAUAAUAUCUUGCAGCGCAUUGGCAAGUUAGAGUCAAAGGUGGACAAUCUUGUAAUCAAUGGCACGGGAACAAACUCAACCAACUCCACCACGGCUGUUCCCAGCUUGGUAGCACUUGAGAAAAUUAAUGUGGCAGCUCCUGAAGCCAGGCCAGCUGAUGGAAGUGCUGGCAGGAGUUUCGUCUCCAGGCUGAGCACAGAGAUGGAGUCCGUUCCCAGAUGGCGAGGAACAGCUGGGCCAGUGGCAUGCACACAUAUCAUUAAUGGAGCUCAAGAAAAAUGUGUAUUGCCUCCUAUGGAUGGCUACCCCCACUGCGAGGGGAAAAUCAAGUGGAUGAAAGAUAUGUGGCGCUCGGAUCCCUGCUACGCAGACUACGGAGUGGAUGGGUCCACCUGCUCUUUCUUUAUUUACCUCAGUGAGGUUGAAAACUGGUGUCCUCAUUUACCUUGGAGAGCAAAAAAUCCCUAUGAAGAAGCUGAUCAUAAUUCAUUGGCGGAAAUCCGUACAGAUUUUAAUAUUCUCUACAGCAUAAUGAAAAAGCAUGAAGAAUUCCGGUGGAUGAGACUCCGGAUCCGGCGAAUGGCUGAUGCAUGGAUCCAAGCAAUCAAGUCCCUGGCAGAAAAGCAGAAUCUUGAAAAGAGAAAGCGGAAGAAAGUCCUUGUUCACCUGGGACUCCUGACUAAGGAAUCUGGAUUUAAGAUAGCAGAGACAGCUUUCAGUGGUGGCCCUCUUGGUGAAUUAGUUCAGUGGAGUGAUUUAAUUACAUCUCUGUACUUACUGGGCCAUGACAUUAGGAUUUCAGCUUCACUGGCUGAGCUCAAGGAAAUAAUGAAGAAGGUUGUAGGAAACCGAUCUGGCUGCCCAACUGUAGGAGACAGAAUCGUUGAGCUCAUUUAUAUUGAUAUUGUGGGACUUGCUCAAUUCAAGAAAACUCUUGGACCAUCCUGGGUUCACUACCAGUGCAUGCUCCGAGUCCUGGACUCAUUUGGCACGGAGCCAGAGUUCAACCAUGCUAACUAUGCCCAGUCUAAAGGCCACAAGACGCCCUGGGGCAAAUGGAAUCUGAACCCACAGCAGUUUUAUACCAUGUUCCCUCAUACCCCAGACAACAGUUUUCUGGGAUUUGUGGUUGAGCAGCAUCUAAACUCCAGCGAUAUCCACCACAUUAACGAAAUCAAAAGGCAGAACCAGUCCCUUGUGUAUGGCAAAGUGGAUAGCUUCUGGAAGAAUAAGAAAAUCUACUUGGACAUUAUUCACACGUACAUGGAAGUGCAUGCGACCGUUUAUGGCUCCAGCACGAAGAAUAUUCCCAGUUAUGUGAAAAACCAUGGCAUCCUAAGUGGGCGGGACCUACAGUUUCUUCUCCGAGAAACCAAGUUGUUUGUUGGACUCGGGUUCCCUUAUGAGGGCCCAGCUCCCCUGGAGGCCAUCGCAAAUGGAUGUGCUUUUCUGAAUCCCAAGUUCAGCCCACCCAAAAGCAGCAAAAACACAGACUUUUUCAUUGGAAAGCCAACACUGAGAGAGCUGACAUCCCAGCAUCCGUAUGCUGAAGUGUUCAUUGGCCGGCCCCAUGUUUGGACAGUUGACCUCAGCAAUCAGGAGGAAGUGGAGGAUGCCGUGAAAGCAAUUUUAAGUCAAAAGAUUGAGCCAUACAUGCCAUAUGAAUUCACAUGUGAGGGGAUGUUGCAGAGAAUCAAUGCUUUCAUUGAAAAACAGGAUUUCUGCCAUGGGCAGGUGAUGUGGCCGCCUCUCAGUGCCCUGCAGGUGAAGCUCGCCGAGCCCGGACAGUCCUGCAAACAGGUGUGCCAGGAGAACCAGCUCAUCUGCGAACCUUCCUUCUUCCAGCAUCUCAACAAGGACAAAGACAUGCUGAAAUAUGAGGUGAUCUGCCAAAGCUCAGAGCUGGCCAAGGACAUCUUGGUGCCCUCCUUCGACCCCAAGAACAAGCACUGUGUGUUUCAAGGUGACCUCCUGCUGUUCAGCUGUGCGGGCGCCCACCCCAGGCACCAGAGGGUCUGCCCCUGCCGGGACUUCAUCAAGGGCCAGGUGGCUCUCUGUAAAGACUGUCUAUAGCGGCCACUGACUCGGCCCCACACGCACUCUGCUGGGGAAACGGUGGCCCCAACACCAUCGGGGCAGGGCCAGGGGGCAGACGUCAUUCAGGGACUCUCGCCAGAGCCUGAACUUGAUGGUGGAAGGUUUCAAUUUGGUAUUUCUCCUUCUGCGGUCAGAGCACCAUGGCAGAGUUUUCCCCAAAAUGAAACGAGCAGAUGUCAAGUGGGGAGCCUGGCUUCUCACUGGCACAAGUUCAUUUUUUAUUUCUUGAGGAGACUGUGUCUAUGAGGCUGCUCCGAGGUAGAAGGAGAGUCUCAAGAUGCAUUUAAAACAGAACCAGAGGAGGAAUGGAGCUUGUUGGAAAGAACUUGAUACGGGAACAUUCCUAAACCCAUUAACUUAUUUAUUUGGGUGGGUGGGAGGGGGAACGGGAGGGCAAAGAGGGAUUGAUCACAUGUCUUGUUUCUUUGAUUUCCCACUGUUUACUGUCCACCUUCAUUGUAUUAUUAUUCCCGUCUGCUUCCGGAAGGAAGCAGGAGGGAGACAGGGUGCACUGUGGGGCUGGUGGCUCGCUUGAGGGCAGCUGCAGGGAUCUGGCUCCUCAAAGUGGAUGGUGGCAGAACAAAAGAAAAUCUUGUGUGUGCUUGACAGAUGGCAGCUAGAAGACGGGCACCUCCUGGGUGCAGGGACGUGCCUGUGUUGUUCUGAGAGCCCAGCCAGGGACCAAAGAUGGGGCUGCUUUGCAGUGAGAGCUCCUUUCCUUGACCCUCCCACUUGCCCAUCUCACACACACACACACACACACACACACACACAUACACACACCUCGGCCCUAAUUUCUGAUGAGGAUCCCUUUGGGAAAGAAAGAACACGACUGGGGAAUUGACAUUUGCUACUUUGUGGUAAAUCUACCCUCCCUUAAAUGCCACUGGAAGGAGGAAAGUACAAAAAGGGGACUAAAGAUCAUGCUUAUUUACCCCUAAAGAGGUUUAUCUGAGCUGGGGUGUGGACACCCAUGAAGCUGGCCCCUGAGAACCAGUUCCAUCACCAGAGCUGUGCUCCAGACAGAUGCACUUGUGUCUAGUCCUUCUCAUGUCUCAUGUCACCGACGUCCCAGAAAUGAGGCUCUCAGUGGACCUGAUAUUGGCCGGGGGAAUAGGGCAGGCCAGGACGAAUGUGGUGGGCAGUCCUGGCCGCUCACCCUUGGGUGUGGGUAUGUGUGUCUUGCAUGGGGUUGGAGUCUGAUGCUGACUCUU